AUGGAAUAUCUAGAUACAGAGCAUGGGGUGUGGGUUCAGCCAGUAAUGGGGUGUGUGCAACGGUCAGAGGUCAAGCCGAGAAGUCGCUCCGCCUAUCCUGAAGGAGUGACCAGUCAUACUCGAGUUCUUACCCCAAGUACGCUCCAUGGCGCUCACCACCAAGUUCCUCGUGAUCGCAGUAGUGCCGUCUUUUCCCCAGGUCAUGAACAACCUGGGGUCUUUGACUCUUUCCAAACAGGCUACCAGGUUCUUUAA